AGGGUGAAAUGAAUAGUAUCAAGAUUGAUUUUUUAGUGUAAAAAUAUGAUUUUUCGUUAAAAUAAACAGUACCGAUAAUUUUUUUUUGUUAAAGUUCCCUAUUAAAAAUAGACAAAGGAAAAUUUGUUUCUAUCUUUUUUUUUUUUUUUUUUUUUUUUAAGGGAUUAGUUGGUGGAUUUGCCACACAAGUCACCUUUUUAUAGUUGUGAAGAUUCACAGAUACAUUUUGUUUUUUCCGACCACUAUUUUGUGAUUUACCCACUCUAGAAAUUGAAUCCAAAAUAUGUUGUGUGAAAUACGGGUCUAAAAUUCAUUCCCAAUCACUUGACUUUUUUUUAAUAUUUUUUUUUCUGUUUCCGCUAGCAUACAGACAAAAUCCUCCACCUAACAAAGUUAUAUAUUCCUAACUGCCCUCCUCCAUUGCAUGCAUGCCAUCACUCGUCACUUGUGGAGUGCAACUGUGUCAGUCAGUCAAAGAGAAGUUAAAUCAAUGGUCACCAUGCGCCCUCAGUGCCUCCUCCUUCUUGUUGCCCUCAUCCUUCCUCUGGCCGCCGCCACCAGCACAGUCCAGAUCGGCGGUUGGAAGCCCAUUGAGGACGUCAGCAACCCCGUGGUGCGAGAGGCCGCAGAGUUCGCUGUGUCGGAGUACAACACGAAGCAAGCAAAGGCUCAGAACAAGUUGGUGUUUGAGACGGUGCUCCGGGGUGAGACGCAACUCGUUGCGGGCACGAACUAUAAGCUUGUCAUUUCGGCCAAAAAUGAGUCGUCGGUGGCAAAUCCCACCAGGGUCAUCGGCACCGCUGCCGCAAAUAAUUAUGAGGUCUUCGUCUAUGACAGGGAGCAUCACAAGGAAUUGGUCUACUUUCAUCGUUCGAAAAAAAACUAACUAGUUUUAAAGAUUGCUUGAAGUUUAUCACCCUUUAUAUAUUAUUAUAAGGGUAUCAAUAAUUAGAGCAAUUUGAAUGGUUGAUCUUCAA